AUGCACCCACAGCCAUUUGUCCUUGAUGUAGAACGUGAACUUCCCGGACACGACAUACCAAUCGAACGAGAUCGUAACACCCUCGGAAAGACUUCCCGUGGCACAUCCAAGUUUUUGUUCGGGCAGGAGGGGGACUUUCACAUAGAGACAGAUGCUGAGGCUGCCGGAGCUUAUGUCGAUGCAAGCUUCGAUCUGUCGCGAACCGAAGGAGAUAUCAUAGCAUUGGUUUGCGGAGUCCCGGUCACCAAAGACUGGGGAGUUCUGGACAGCGAAGACGUGGAUUUCCUCGCCGCCGUGCCUUUGAUUGUCAUUAUCGACACGGUGGUGGCCUUCAAUCCAUUUCUCGACUAG